AAAUACACUUAUUAGAAAAUCAAUCUUAAAUGUGAAAUUCAAGGAUACUUGUUUAAAUUGUUACCAAUAAAAAAAGGACUAAGAUUUCAAAACUCGUCGGAAAAUUUGUGAAAUCAUGUCUAAGACUUUAUAUAUUUUCUAUAGCAGUGCUGUGAUAUUUUUAAAUUUGUGUUUUAUUGUCAAUUGUGAUAUUGAGUACAAUACAAUUAAUGAGGAUGGAUCAUAUCGUUUUGGACAUCGAAAUGAUGACUUUGGUGGCUAUUAUCAUAGUGCAAGUGGUACUCCAGACAACAUAGUGCGAGGUCGUUAUGGUUCGCGUAAUCCAGCCACUGGCAAAGUGGAGGAAACAAUCUAUACAGCGGGACCACGUGGUUUUCGCGUAACGGGACCAAAAAUACAUCGCAAAACGAAUUUAGAUCAGUAUCCGCCCAGACCCAUAGGCAGUCCAGAUGAUCCAUUGGCCGAUCCCUAUGAUGAUCCUUCAUAUAGUUUUAACUAUAGAACAGCGGAUCAAUCACGGUCUGAAGAGAAUGAUGCCACAGGGAGAGUAAGAGGUCUCUAUUCAUUUCUAGAUGAUGAGGGCGUACGUCAUAGUGUACGCUAUGCUGCUGGAGCUGGUACUGGUUUUGAGGUUACUAAUUCGGUGCCUGAUAAUCCCAUAGAUGUAGGCUAUACCGGGCCUUUAUAUAAGGCUCCUCCAGAGACACGUGGUAAAAUGACAGUGCAGAGGGGUCCGGAUGGUACUUACAAACUUUUGGCUGCCGGACCGGAUCAUAGAAGAGCCGAGAGUCGCUCGCCUGAUGGCUUAGUUCGUGGUACUUAUUCCUUUUUGGAUGAUAAGGGAGUACAACGUACAGUGGAGUAUAUAGCUGGAGCUGGUAUAGGUUAUAGGGUGGUCAAAAAUAGAGUUGGUCCAGGAACGCAUGUUAAUAAUCAGGUUUUGGAUUUUCGCUUAAAUGAUGCCUCGUUUAAACUGGCUAAUGACUUUGGUACGGGUGCAGGUCCAGGUGCUGAAUUAGGCGGCAGUGGUGGGGGAAGUGGUAGUGGAGGAGGAGGAGGAGUAGCUGGUGCUGGAGGAAGAAGAGGAGGCAACAAGGGACGUGUAGGAGGUGCAGCUAGUGGCAAUAGAGAUUAUGUUCAAACUUCUGCGGGGAGAGUAGACACUCUCGAGGAAAAUGAUAAUCAAAUAGAAACUGAGAAUAACGAUGAUGCUGAGGGUGAAGUUGAUAGUGAAAAUACGGCCAGAAACUCUGGUUCAGUAACGAAAACUAAAGGUAAAGAAAAUCGUAUGGGUAUACCAAAAAAUGGACGUCGCGGUGGUGCUAACAAGGCUAAUGGAGGCACAACAAAUAGAGGCAGUUCAAUGUCCUCCAAAGAUCGUGACUUUAUGUUGGAAAGAGGCUCAACCAGAAACGAUGCCAAGAGUAGAAAUCCAGCAACUAACAACAAACGUAAACCCAAUCGCGGGCCAUCAUCCACAGCCGGUCGUAAUAGACCCACUAGUCCGGUUAGUUCGGAUACUGGUGGCUAUCACUAUGAUCGACCUGCCUCCAACAGCAACAAUUACGAUGUCAGUGAUGAUGAUUUUGCCAGUGCUCUGCCACCGCUUGUAACAGCCAACCAUAAAAUACUUGAAAUUGAUCGCGAUCGUGAUUGGGUAGAACGUCAUCGUGAUUCAACAAUCAUUAAGAACGUGGGCAAAUGGUAUGUGGGUCUGCCGCCGGGUCAAAGUGUAAGGGCACAUGUACAAAAUAUUGACAUUUUACCAUUGAAUGGUCGUAGGGUGCCAUCGCCGUCCGAAGCGUUGCGCCAGGAUGAGCUGGCUGAUAUACAUGCUUCGCUGGAGAGUGAAAGUGAUCCGUAUAGAAGUUAG